AUGGUGGGAAAGACCCAUCUGAGUAUGGUCCCAAUUUGGGCACAAUUACAGUCUCUCAAAGCAGAAGACAGCAGGUAUGCCGGAGACCCAGUGGGCAUCAGGCGCCGGACAUUGGGUAUAGGCUGGUACAGAGGAAUGCUUCUUGAAGGCCUAAACCGUGUAAGAAGGAUGAUCUGCUGUUGUAGUGCUUCGGCAGUUUGGUUUCCCUGCCCGAAGGCGAAAAGGGUAUGGAAGACAGGCUCUCCAUGUCAGUCUGCAAUGCUUCCCCCGACGUCGCCCACACCUUGAAGGGCCGUUGACACCUCCCAUCUUGCGGCCACCUCCACAGAUGAGGGCACCAGAGAGGUCUGACCGCAGGUGAGAAGGCAUACAUUCGCUCGUAAAGCUUGGCCCAAAAGCCUGUGAAUAUUCUGUCUAGACUGGACGGGUUGAGUGGUGCCAGGCUACAGGAAGUUGAGGGACCUUCAGUGAGUAGCACGGCAUUCGCCAUUUUGGCAGGAUGGUGUCUAGGAUGUUUGCUCCACAAGACAUUCUGCAAGUUGUUAUAUCUAAGGUAAUACAGGGAGUGCAGAAUUAUUAGGCAAGUUGUAUUUUUGAGGAUUAAUUUUAUUAUUGAACAACAACCAUGUUCUCAAUGAACCCAACAAACUCAUUAAUAUCAAAGCUGAAUAUUUUUGGAACAGGUUUUUAAUUUGAUUUUAAUUUUAACUAUGUUAGGGGGAUAUCUGUGUGUGCAGGUGACUAUUACUGUGCAUAAUUAUUAGGCAACUUAACAAAAAACAAAUAUAUACCCAUUUCAAUUAUUUAUUAAUACCAGUGAAACCAAUAUAACAUCUCAACAUUCACAAAUAUACAUUUCUGACAUUCAAAAACAAAACAAAUCAGUGACCAAUAUAGCCACCUUUCUUUGCAAGGACACUCAAAAGCCUGCCAUCCAUGGAUUCUGUCAGUGUUUUGAUCUGUUCACCAUCAACAUUGCAUGCAGCAGCAACCACAGCCUCCCAGACACUGUUCAGAGAGGUGUACCGUUUUCCCUCCUUGUAAAUCUCACAUUUGAUGAUGGACCACAGGUUCUCAAUGGGGUUCAGAUCAGGUGAACAAGGAGGCCAUGUCAUUAGAUUUUCUUCUUUUAUACCCUUUCUUGCCAGCCACGCUGUGGAGUACUUGGAUGCGUGUGAUGGAGCAUUGUCCUGCAUGAAAAUCAUGUUUUUCUUGAAGGAUGCAGACUUCUUCCUGUACCACUGCUUGAAGAAGGUGUCUUCCAGAAACUGGCAGUAGGACUGGGAGUUGAGCUUGACUCCAUCCUCAACCCGAAAAGGCCCCACAAGCUCAUCUUUGAUGAUACCAGCUCAAACCAGUACUCCACCUCCACCUUGCUGGCGUCUGAGUCGGACUGGAGCUCUCUGCCCUUUACCAAUCCAGCCACGGGCCCAUCCAUCUGGCCCAUCAAGACUCACUCUCAUUUCAUCAGUCCAUAAAACCUUAGAAAAUCAGUCUUGAGAUAUUUCUUGGCCCAGUCUUGACGUUUCAGCUUGUGUGUCUUGUUCAGUGGUGGUCGUCUUUCAGCCUUUCUUACCUUGGCCAUGUCUCUGAGUAUUGCACACCUUGUGCUUUUGGGCACUCCAGUGAUGUUGCAGCUCUGAAAUAUGGCCAAACUGGUGGCAAGUGGCAUCGCGGCAGCUGCACGCUUGACUUUUCUCAGUUCAUGGGCAGUUAUUUUGCGCCUUGGUUUUUCCACACGCUUCUUGCGACCCUGUUGACUAUUUUGAAUGAAACGCUUGAUUGUUCGAUGAUCACGCUUCAGAAGCUUUGCAAUUUUAAGAGUGCUACAUCCCUCUGCAAGAUAUCUCACUAUUUUUGACUUUUCUGAGCCUGCCAAGUCCUUCUUUUGACCCAUUUUGCCAAAGGAAAGGAAGUUGCCUAAUAAUUAUGCACACCUGAUAUAGGGUGCUGAUGUCAUUAGACCACACCCCUUCUCAUUACAGAGAUGCACAUCACCUAAUAUGCUUAAUUGGUAGUAGGCUUUCGAGCCUAUACAGCUUGGAGUAAGACAACAUGCAUAAAGAGGAUGAUGUGGUCAAAAUACUAAUUUGCCUAAUAAUUCUGCACUCCCUGUAUAUCCUUUACCAGCAGGAGGGGGGAUAGCUGGUGAUCUGCGGUCAUUUCAGUCUCUGGUUUGAGGGAACAAUGGGCAGAGAGAUCGGCAGCCUCUUCCGCGCCUAUGCUACCACCUAGGCCGCAAAACAGUCCAGCCGCCACAGCUGAGCCAAGAGAUUCCGUGGUAGUAAGCCCGGUUAGCCGAGUAAAACAACAAGAACAAAGGUUAAAGUCAGCUUUUGGUCCGGAGCUCCGGGUCGAUGCGACUGCUCACAAUGGCGGCCAGGCUCUGCCCCCUAUAUAAAUUUCUUUAAAAGCUGUAUUAUGAAAGCCUUUUCUCAUCACCAAUGUGUUCGUGAAAUUGAUCCAAAUUUAAUCAUGACAUAAAAAAGUUUUUGUUUUUUUAUCUGGCCAGUGGUCAUGAUUACACGUGUUCUUCUUGCCACGUUCCAGUGUCGUUGCGUUAAUGAUGAAUCUCCAGGCACAGAACAAGUAGCUCAGGCUACAAAUCUCUCAUAUUUCCCCUAAAUUGUUCAAUAGCAUUUACAAUAAUCUUCAUGACGGUCAAAUUCCAGUCUGAGUUAUGCCAAAGUGACCUAGAUUUUUCUUUGUUGACUGCCCCAAAUUCAAAGUUCUGAAAUAUUUCCAAUUCUUUGCAACAAGUUUGAACUGACAACCAUAUUGAUGACCUGAUUUUCAACUUGUUAAAAAACAAAUGUGAAAAGGUGCUCAAAUAGGAAAAAUAAGACUCCCUGAAAAAUGCCAUUUCUCUAAUUUUCCAUAAAUUUUUAAACAUCAAUUAUAUUCACAUUUCCAGUAUGUGUUAUUGGUUUUAUUACCUGGAUUCAUAAUUACAUACAAUAAAUCAUAGACAUUUCUAACUAAUUGUAUACGGCCAUUAUCAUAUUUGAUCUGCACUAUAUAGUGUAUUUUCUUUUUUACGUGUUUUCACACUUAUUGGAAGACUGUGAGAUGUCGAAUAAUUAUUCUUAGUACUAUUAUGCUAAGUGCACCCCUAUUAUAUAUUGGUUAAUUUACAAUUGGGCCAGUAGAGGGAGCUCUGCACUUAAGAAAUGGUAUCAAAGCAUUCCAUAAUAAAGCAUUUGACCUAUAUAUUUUGAAAUGGUGUGAAAAUUCACUCAUUAACCUUCAAAAGUACCAUAACUACCCAUAAAGUUUAGUAUUAGGCCCUCGGUUGUAUUUCUCCAGCGUUUCUUGAGUUCCAACUCUCAAUGAUAUCAGGCAGUCUAGUACCACGGCCUGGAAUAUACAACGUUCUAGAGUUUCUCUGCUCGCUAAGCAUAUUUCCCGGGAUAAUAAAUAUCCCCCAGAAAAGCAUUCUGUGCCGUAGUUACAGGAUAAUACAAAUAUACUAGGCCCAUAGAGGUAAACCAAGGACAGCGAACGUCUGAUGAAACUGCUCCUGCAACUAAGAAUUAUGGGAGUGGUAGGGUAUAGCUGCCAGUGAGCCAUUUAGGCACCUAAUUGCUUUGCUCCAUUUUAUCCAAUGUACCACUUUGUCCUAAAUUGGGCUGGGCGUAUAAGUAUUUUCUAUUAUGUUCUCACCACACACCAACUGUUACCCGUCACCUCAAUACUAGGUGACUCCCUUAUGUAUAUAACAGCCGCAUAUAGUUCUGCUAUUUUUACAUUUUGGAAAAUUAUAGGAUUGGACUGAGAUGCCUUUUCACCUGUCGCACCGGAACAGUGAAUCUCAAACCAAUACUGUAUUAGCUGUAACUUAAUCUCAUUGUUAUGAAAUGUAUUAAUAACUAGACGUAUGAAACAUUCUAUCACUUAGCUGUUGUUGAAAAACCUUCUUUGUUGUACCUCCCACUGCUCUAAAGCCGGACAUGUUUUCUGUGUUAAAAUAAAAUGCAAGUAGAGUUACUCAAAAAAUAGUAAAUUUCUAAUUUUAGGUAAAAAUAGCUGAACAGGAAAUAUUGGGACCUAAAAUGGGAAGAGAUUAAUGUUUCACAAAUUUUGGACAAGUCACAAUAUUAUGAAUGACCCCCUGUCUCUUUUCACCCUUUUUUCAUCAAACAUUUUGUAUUGUAACUAUUGUUCUGCAACCUAUAUUUUAUUAUUGACUAUAAAAGCCCUUUUCGCUUUGUUGUGGUUGGUUAUUUUGUUUUAUUUCUGAUAUUCAGUGGAAUACUCUAUAUUUAACAUUUUGUACAAUUAAUCCUACACCGAAAACAGUAUAUACAAUCAAAUAAUACUUAUCUUAAACAGUGAAAAUCCGAUUCCCACAGAUCACCUCCCAGACAAUGAUCUCUUAUAGUCGAUAAAAAUACAAAAAAAUAAAGUAGGAUACACCUGAUGUGCCUAAUAAAAUAUAAAAAAAAAAAUACAACAUAGUGUGAUAUUGUAAAAUAUAUAACAAUCACGCAGUAUUUAGCUGCACUCACAAAUCUAUGUGAAUUUACAUGUUCUCAAAGUGCCUUCCACGAAGUUGACCUCCUAAAGGUCAUACUUCAAUUAGGAACGAGACGGGGAUCCGGACACAGGUCUCAACAACACAUUUUCUUUGUACAUUUUAAAUACUGCACUGGAUCCUUCUUAGAUGGAUCCCUCUGAUUAUUCACUAAAGUAUGAAUUACCCAAAAUUUUGAAUGAAUUCAAAGUGAAUUUUAAAUUUAGGGCAUAAUAGCCAAAUCAAAGUUUGACGUUCCCUUUGAACUCCCUCUGAAUUCCCAGCAAUUCCCACUUAACCCUAAUAAUCAAACAGUUUAGAACAUUACUGCCACUCAGAGGUUUAUUCAGUAAAGUGUGAAGGAAUUCUGAGUGAAUUCACAGUUAAUAUCAGAAUUUAGGCUAUGAGCAGGAUUAAGCAACCUUUGGCACUCCAGAUGUAGUGGACUACAUCUCCCAUAAUCCUCGUAUACCCGUAAUGCUGCCAAAGCAUCGUGGGAGAUGCAGUCUACAAUAUCUGGAGUGCCGAAGGUUACCUACUCCUGGGCUACAAUUAACAAACUAGUGGAAAAUAAACUCCAAAAUUAAGAUUUCGGUUCUGCUAUUUUGUCCAUAAAUCCUGACAAUUCACACUUUAGUGAAUAUCCGACAUUGUAAUAAAUCUUGUUUAUAAAAGAAAACAAACACAUAAGUCCAUAUUAUCCAAUAUAGGUCAGAAGAAUACAUUGUCUGUGUGCUAUAUUCACAAGGAUUAUUUCUAAGCACUGACAGGCCAAGAUUGCAAAGCAUCCAUGACCUUAAUGCGUUAUCAUACUAUUGUAGUGUCUGCAACUCCCUGACUUGGGUACAGUUACAUAUUGUGCAGUGACCUGGAUAGGGCCACUAUAUAACAUAUAUUAAGCAAAGAAAAGUAUGUAAGAAAAAACAAACAAAAACACAUUUUGUACUCUAAUUUGUUCUUCUAAAUCUAGACAAUGCAAGAAUUCCUGGUUUGUGGAUAAGCCUUCCAGACACAGGAGGGGGUUGUCAGUUUUUUGGGGAAUCGGCUAGUUCAUGUUCAGGUCACAUAGUAUAACUAUGAGUCAAGUAACAGUCUUGGUAAUAAAAAAAAAAUAUAUAUUUUUUUUUUAUAGAAUGCUUUUCUUUUUGUCUCCCAAGGGCACUCUGUGUUUAAACACACAAUGUGAAAGAAGCAAAUCAGAUGCUGGUGAGACAAUAUAACAAACACACAAUAAUGAGACAGAUAUCAGGGAGAUAUUCCCCGAGGCCUGUACACCACUUGACCCUACUGAAAUACUGUGUAUAUUUGGUGAGACAAUAUGACUAAUUCCCAGCUCAAUGGUACUUGUUUAGUUGACCUCGGAAGGAUGAAAAUCCCAGCUGACCCUAUCUGGUAUAGAUAUAAAUACAAAUGGACCUGCACGAUGUACAUACUAUAUAACAUAUAUUAUAUACUGUUAUUCACACCCACAGUGCAUCAGUGCAACCGAGGUGGCCAUCCUCUCCAGUCAUCCAUCAUAAUGUAAGAACACAGUCCAAGCACUCCAAGCUGUAGUCUUAAAAAGAAGUAUGUACGGGGCGGGGCGGGGCUUGGCUGCCAUGCUGUGAGGAAGCACAGGGCUGCAGCACGUCUAAACUGACCUGAUUUUCUCAACAUUUUACUGAAUAUACCUUAUUUCACACCAUUAUCCCUGUUUUUGGAACAACUUGUGAACACAGUGAUACCACUUCUGCAGCCCUGUCUUACAUUCUUGCAGCACUGCACUGCUGGCAGCCUACUACUACUAGCUGACUCAGUAUGGGAGGGAUGACCACUUGCCUGUACCCAGCAUAGUCAGGUGAUUACUUCUGCUGCCCUCUUCUACUCCCCACCCCCUUUGGACCGGUGGGGUUAUCCCAGUCCCGGGAGUUCCAAAGGCCCCAUAGCGGACAACAUGGCGACGUCUGCGGCCUACUCUGUUCCCUCUGUCUACCCUAGCGACACGCACAGCAGACUAGAGCAAAUCUUCACAGACUUUCUCGGCUGCUUUUCGCAGAAGGGAGCGCAGCUUGAAUCCUGUCCGCCCUGCUGGAGUGACUCUGCAGCAGCGUCUCCGGGGAAGAUCCCACAUUGUUCUGAUGCAUGCAGCAAACCACAUGGUGGAUGGCUGGAGGUCCUGUGAUUUUGAGUGGUUACACGUGGGACUGUUGCUGGCCCAGAAAAGGAAAAUCGGCGAAGAGUCUUUUACUCAUAAAGGGUUGCCUGUUGCUCUUUGUUUUAUAACCCAUACUGCUGGUAAACUCUACUGUGUUUCCAUUGGCUAUGCUUAUCAUUUUAGAUCUUACUCACCUAACGUUCCUACUAGUCUAAAGACAGGCAAGGCUGUGCCAAUAAAAUAA